AUGAUUACUAAUUUUAAAGAAUUUGUCAACAAUUCUCAACCUAUCCUUGACGCUCUUAGAGAUCUCAACAUAUUCGACAACAACUAUGAAUUCUAAUCCCAACAAUAAAUUUCUAUUCGUCUCAAGUCCUUCUUUGUAAACGCACAAACUAAAGUACUAUAAUGCAUUCAUUAUCCCUAGAAAUAAUUCUUAAAGUCUUUAUUUAAAAUCUUUGAAAGAGAGACUCAAAAGGAAGGGAACUUCUAAAUAAAAUUAAAACUUCUGCUUUUACUUCACCUCAUUUUAAGUUCACAAGUAGCUCGAGCUGAAUUAUCUAAAAUUUUAAUAUCAAAACAAAUUAAUAUUCAAAUCAACAAUACUACUUUAGGGAAAGUCUGUCAACAAUAUUACUUUUAUCUUUAUAAGCUGGCUUCCCAAACAACAUUUAUUAAUGAAGACGUAAUCAAUGGCGAAUUAUUAAUUUAUUUCACAUUAUCGAAUUAAUGCAUUUUAGGAAUAAGCAUUUAAUCAUAGAUUGAAGAAGUAGACUCCUUCUCAACCAAUUAUUUACUAGCCAACACUGUGAAAUUCAUCUAUUACGAUUUGCAAGACAUAGCUAUUUUUAUAAUGAAAGAUGUCAAAUCGCUUAUUGAAAACCAAUAUGACUCUAAAUAGAACAAAUUGCAGAUCCUAGAGUUAUAUAAAGAAGUAAAUUUUAUAUAUAAUCAUAAUAGUGUUAAGUACUUUAAUAAAAGAUGCUUAGCUUUUAUCGAUUUAAUCGCAAUUUUUCGCAUUUUUCUUAAAUCAUGCCACCUUUUUCAUUAGUAGUCGAACAACGUUACCUUAAAGACUUAUAAAAUAACACAACCAAAGUCCACUCGUUAACAAAUUUGAAUAAAUUGAAUCCAUAAGGAGUUAAAUAUUAACCCUAGACCUCAAAAUAAAGAUAAAUGAUAAAGUUUGAAUUUGCAGAGUAGAAAUAACAACCAGAAUCUCCUCACUUUUCAUUUUCAAAUUGA